AUGGUCAUGGCUUUUGCUGCGAGCAUUGUCACGACUUUGAAGACGCUUUGUAACGGGGGUCUAUUGAUCCUACCACCAGAGCGAGAGCGCAUGGGCGGUAUAGCGAACUUCAUCACCAGGAAGAAAAUCACUCGGACCUUCCUUACACCAACGCUGCUGAACCUGCUGAAGCCAGAGGAAGUGGAUUGCUUGCAGUUUUUGACCGUAGGGGGUGAGCCCGUAACUCAGCGACUCAUCGAUAUUUGGGCGCCGCGGGUAUCGCUUGUGGAGGCGAUUGGCAUGACGGAGGGCGUCGGUAUUGCGAACGCCAUCGAUGUUAGCGGGAAGAAAUGUAAAGCUCGCCAGUUUAUGACGGGUUGCGCAUGGAUCGUUGACCAAGACGAUGCGAAUACACUAGCGCCGAUCGGGGAAACGGGGGAACUUCUUUUUGAGGGACCAGCGCUAUUCCAGGGAUACCGCAACGACCCGGAAGCUAAUACGAAGGCAUUUAUCGACGGGCCACCUGUAUGGGCGAAAGCGAGGGGGGAGAUGAGACCCAGAGUGAUGUUUCGAACGGGAGAUUUGGCAAAGUAUAUCGAAGAUGGCGUUGUGCAGAUUGUGGGAAGGAAAGAUACGCGUGUCAAGUUACAUGGGCAACGCUUUGAGUUGGGAGAGGUGGAGAAGUUGUUGUUGGACAGCCUCCCAUCGGGUGUGACGGUCGCAGCGGAGAUAGUCGAACCGACAACCGGAACUGGGCCAAUGCUCGUCGCUUUCAUACACGGGCUUGCAACAGACUUCUCUCACGAAGUCAGGCAGUUGAGAGAGAGAUUGGCGGACAGUCUUCCGGAUCACAUGAUACCGCGCGGAUUUGUGGAACUCAAAGAACGGCCGUUAAACCCGUCUGGCAAACUCGAUCGAAAGCUACUGCGGAGUCAGGCUGCCAGGAUGUCGUUGGUUGAUCUGGUGAAGCAUGUUGGCGCUCUAAGCAAGUCUGAGCCAGUGACAUUGCAGGAGCGAACGAUGCAACGUCUAUGGGCCUCAGUGCUCGGCCUUCCUGUAGAGUACAUCGGUUUGCAGGACGAUUUCUUCCAUCUUGGCGGAGAUUCCUUGCACUGUAUCAAGCUCAUCGCACAAGCACGGAAAGAGCAGGUCAUUCUGUCAAUCGAAGACAUCCUGGUGAAUCGAACUCUCCAGGCUAUGAGUACAUCGGCAAGGUUCGAGGUAUGCGCUCAGUCGACUACGCUAGGCGGUGGAUAUACAGCGCACACGAUAGAGACAGUCGCACCGGAGAUCUCACAAGAUGAUGUCGACGCUGUUGCUCUGGCGACGGACUGGCAGGCCUGGUGUGUCGGGCAGGGUCUGCUCAAGUCACAUGGCUGGCAUGACUACAUGAUCUUCAAGUUCCCCAAAACACUGGAUGUUGGAAGGUUGCAACGCGCUUGUCAACAGCUCAUAAACCAACACGCCCUCCUACGGACGGUGUUCGUAGUGAAAGCAAGACAAACUUUCCAGGUCGUUCUCAAGGCCAAGGCUUUCCCCUUCCGGUUCACUGUGGAGCAGUCUAGUGACAGUCAGAAUAUGGACGGGCUUGUUAAGGAGGUCAUUCAGCAGGAUAUGAAACGACACCGUCAACUCGGCGAUACUUUGGUAGCUUUUACCCUUGUACAUGAUGCCACGACUAGCACAGCGCAACUGGUCCUUCGAAUCUCCCACGCCCAGUACGACGCGCUCAGUCUCGACACAUUGUGGCGCUCGCUCGAGGCUUUGUAUUUUGACAGACCAUUGGAAGUCAUUCCUUUCACCGACUUCUGCGCAGAAGCAGUCUUAGCAAGCAGGAAUUCUGAGACGUUCUGGAAGACAGCUCUGGCCAAUAGCUCGAUGAGCGAAGUUCGUGCUCACACUCGCCCUAGCGUGGACUGCCCUAUCAACGGCGCCGUCAAGAUUUCCGUUCCCUUGGUAGAUCUGAAGACUUCGGGUUACACGAGCGCAACCGCUGUUCUUGCCUCAUGGUCGAUCGUGCUGUCGAAGCUUACGGGUCAGGACUCUGUCGUAUUCGGGUGCAUCAUUUCUGGAAGACACAUGAUGAUGUCCAACGUAUCGGAUAUCCUCGGCCCAUGCAUGAACGUCAUACCUUUGCGCACGGAUGUCGUUUCAACCGCAAAAGCUUCUUCGCUUCUCGAUGCGACUCAAAGCAACUAUCUGAAGUCGCUGCAGCAUGGCCAUAUUGGACACCAUCACAUCAUAGAGAAGUGCACCAAUUGGCCUCGAUGGACACGAUUCUCGACAGUCGUGAACCAUCUCAGCUUCGGGUCGAUCGAGCAGCCAUUUCCAGAACUUGGCGGGUGCGCAUUCGAUGUGUACGAACCGGAGCAUGACAAAGCCGACCUAUGGCUACAAACAUCUGCUCGCGACAACAAGCUAGAAGUCGAACUGAGAUACUCGCAACAGGCUUUCUCGGAAGAUCGGGUUAAAGCGGUGUUGAGCGGCUUCGUUCAAACUUACGAACAGCUGCCUCAUUUAUUGGAACAGAAACUGUCAGACAUCCUUGCUCAAUUCGAUCUGGCUGCAUUCCAGCACAAUCUGGUCAGCCCCCGUCAAGCUAGAAAGCAGGCACCAAGGCCUGGGACAGAAGAUACAAAGAUCUUGGAGGAAGUAGUUUGUUCAGCUUGGGAGUCGGUGUUGGGAUCAGACUUCAGGUCGUCUCCUGGUUUCACACACCAAACUCCGUUCUACGAAAUAUGGGGCAACAGCAUUGCUGCUGCCGCUCUUGCUUGUGAAUACUCCAAGCGGGGAUUUGCUACAAGUAUUGAGGAACUGCUUGAUUUCCCGUCUGUUGCAGAGACUAUUGCUCUUCUCUCAACCCGCACAAAGGGCGAUGCUGAGAAAGUCACUUAG